GCUGGGCCCUCCGCGGCCUUUCCCCCGCGCGAUGGGGGAACGGGCUGUGAGCUGAGGCUCUCCCCGGGGAGCCUCUGUCCUGUCGGCAGAGGGUCAGGGGCUGGGCUGCGGGGACUCUGGGAAGAGGGCUCGUGUUCCUGGGAGACGCCGACGCUCGCGAGCGGGAGGAAACCUGUUUGGCACGUACUUGGCCUUAGCGAACUCUGCAGUGUCUUAAAGUGGAAAUAAAGAGGUGGAUCUUGUAGAGCCUCCCUUCAAGGGAGGGUGUCUGUGAAAUGCUUAAUGUAACAGAUCCUGUGGAAGAUCGGCAGUCAUGGCAAAGAGCUUUUUUAAGUUCAUGAUAUAUAAUGAGCCAUAGAAACUUCACUAGACAAUAUUAAUGUCCUCUUUAGCAGCAUCCAGUAGGAGCACAUGUAUCUACGGCCAGAAGAAUUUCUCACUGAGCUCCUGUUUUCCGUUAAAAGGCCGAGUGACAUAUGGAAACAUCAAACUUAAUGUAGAAAACAUUCCUCUCGCCUGGCUUUUGUUUGGUCUCUCUAUGGUUUUCAAAGUGGCUCAUUAUUUGUUGACUGCAAAUACUGCUUAUAGCCAAAAGGAUGUUCUAGAAUAAGCGAUGAUUUGAAUUUCCUGUGUAAUCUACACUCAUGUAGCAACUGUCAUCCUUUCUCUUUUAAAAAUAUUAAAUGGAUUUUUAUUUAUAUGUAUUAAUUGUUCCAAGUUGCUGAAAUACAAAUACAUGAAAAAUGAUAAGAAAUAAAAAUAUAUCUGGAAAACAAUCUAUCAUUCAGAGACAGCCCCUGUAUUGGUUCAUUUAAAUGUUUCUGUGUGUGUGUCUUCCAGGGAAUCAGGCCUCCAGGGAGGUGCCCAGACUCAAGGACCAUUCCCAGCCCUGACUGUCUUGGUGCACUUUCUGCCUUGUUUUCCACUCCACCACCUUCAGAUCUGAUCAAAAACUCUGUCCUCCCUGUUGAGUGACUCAGAGGAAGAUAAGAGGAAGCAGUGCCCAGAAUCCAAUUAUCAUCCCCCACACAGUUAAACAACUCUCCAGGGCCUCAGCCCCUUCACUCACCCGAGGAGGCCAAGGAGUCAAGUUCUCCAUCACUGUACAUGCACACAGCGGGCAGAGAGCAGAGCUUGGUCUCCACCCGGGCACUGCCUGUUCCUGUGAUGCUGAAUACACUCUCCUCCCUGUGCCUUACAGAGAAGACUCAAAUUUCCAGAGUUUGUCAGCUUUGGAAGAUGCUUGUUGAACAUUCUUGGAGAUGUGUACCUGACACCUUACAGGGUACAAACAGCUUUGCCUGCUCAGUACUUGAACUGUUUGUGAGUGAAAACCCAGAGGAAGACACCUGACAGCUGUGUCACUGACCAUGCAGCCACUGGAAUCAGUGACAUUUGAAGAUAUAGCUGUAGACUUCACCCAGGAAGAGUGGGCCCUGCUGGACACACCCCAGAGAAAGCUGUACAGAGAUGUGAUGCUGGAGAACAUCAGUCACUUGGUCUCCCUGGGGUAUCACAUCUGCAAAUCACAUGUGACUUUCCAGCUGGAGCAAGGAGAAGAGCUGUGGAGGGAAGGAGCUGGAUUUCUCCAAGGCCAGAGUGCAGGCAAGGAAAGUGCUGUAAAAAAUCAAGAAAUGAUAGCCACACAACAUAUCCUCAGGAAGGACACAUUUACAAUCAUGCCACUGCAGAAAUCUCACACUCCAGAGGAUCCCUAUGAAUAUAAUGAUUUGGGAGAUUUCAUUCAUAGCUCAACAGUGACUCAACAUGUGUUAACUCACAUGGAAAAAAAUACCUGUUUCAGCAGACAGUGUCAAAAAUGCCUUAGUGACCAGUCAUAUGUUAAUCAACAUAAGCAACUUUACACCAGAGUUAAAUCAUAUGAGUGCCAUCUGUGUGGGAAAACCUUUAGUAAUUGCUCUAGUCUUAGAAGACAUGAGAUGACUCACACUGGAGAGAAACCCUACCAAUGCCAUAUCUGUGGGAAUGCCUUUAUUCAAAGCUCUGACCUUAGAAAACACAGUCUCACUCACACUGGAGAGAAACCAUAUGAAUGUCACCUAUGUGGGAAAGCCUUCAGUCAGUCAUCGAACCUCAGACAGCACCAAAGGACCCACACAGGAGAACAACCAUACGAGUGUUGUCAGUGUGGGAAAGCCUUCAGUAAAUGUUCUGCCCUUAGACGACAUGAGAGAACUCACACUGGAGAGAAACCAUAUGGAUGCCAUCUGUGUGGGAAAGCCUUCAGUCAGUGUUCUGCCCUUAGACGACAUGAAGGAAUCCACAAUGGAGAGAAAAUUAUGAAUGCCUUCAGUAAAUAUUCAGACCUGAGAUGACAUGGGAUUAUAAGUGUAACAAGUGUAGAAGAAACCUGUCAUAGCUUUAACAUUUAAGCACACUGAGGAUUCACACAUUGAGGAAUGAUUGUGGAAGAUCCUGCAGUCACUCUUACUCAUCAGAAAUGUGCAAAUGUGUAUGGUAGAGAAUCCAUUUUUAUGGCAUCUAUGUGGCAAAAGCUUCAGUCAGCGGUCUGACUGCAGGUGAGAUGGGGGAACUCACAAUGGAAGUAUAAGGAAUGCAGAAGUCAGCAGCAGCUCUCAGCGUUAUGCUAGAGAAUUCACACAGGGAGAACCCCUCAGUCUGUAAUCACUGUGGGAAUGCUUUCAUUUUAAUUCACGGUGAACAACGUGAGAAAACCCCAUUGGGGGAACCCCGUGUAUGUAAUCACUGUGAACAAAUACUCAGCCAAGCUCCAGACAUGAUGCACACAAGGAAAUUGAUGGAAUAACCUCUCAAACAGGAUGUACAAGGCCAAAACUUCUUCAGAAAUACCAGUAAUAUAUCCUUGGGAAGGGAUUCAGUGAAAACUUAGAAUUCCUUUAUUCAGAGAAGAACACUGGCACAGUGAGAAUUCGAACUGUACGAAACACUUGGUGUUACGAAAUGACAGUCUUCAGUGAUCAUCUGUUUAUAGUCAGCACUACCUUCCUCACAGUGAAGGAGACAGCAGUCCUACACUCAAAGUGGAGAAAGCUUCAGCUGGAUUUCACACCAGAAAACUAAGUCCAGGAAAAAUUAAACCCUCUAAGAGAGCCUCUUAACAUACUAUUUAGCAGAAAAAAUAACUAUUCACGGUGAAUUGUGGCAUUUAAAUGUAAGAGUGAUCUGGGCAUAUUAAAUGCAGAAUUUUAUAAGAAAUUAGGUUAAGCUUUUUUAGUAGAUUAUUGUUUGUAAAUGUGAAACAAUAAAUCCUAUUUCUGAAAAAGUC